GGGACUGUGCCGUCCAGAGUCAUUGGGCUGUUUUGGGGCACUCCUCCCUGGGGUGGGGGCCGUUAGGACUUGGCUCACUGCAGCGGAUGGGAGGACUUAACAGGGCAAAGCACGCUUCCCCAGUCCUCGGAAACCAGGAUGUGUGUCCGGAGAUUCAUACGCACUCCGCACGUCCCCGAGGAAGAGGCAGCAACCACUGGGCCCCCUCAGACUCCGGUGGAUGUCCCCAGGCGAUCAGUCCUGCGCUGAGGAGUCCUGGAGACAGCUGUCGCCCUUGGAGCCCCCAGACUUCGGAGGAGCCAGCUCUGUACCCAGAGGGUGAAGGAAGGCCGGCCAGGACGACCCUGUCUUGAAGACAGAUUCUCAUCAGAGUAGAAGAGAAGCACCCUUCCCACAACUCUGCAAGGGAGGAGUCGGGGCCACAGGAGAAAGAAUUCUAAGACUAGAGGAAAACCAAAACAGCAGGGAAGUGGAAAGAGAGCAGAGAAGAAGACGACGGACCAGUUUGAAACUAACGCCUGCUCUCUAGCUGGGCACAGAGACCAGACACUGCAGGCACAGAACUUCAGACAUGCUCACCAAGGCGUCCCUCCUGCCACUCACCACCACCAGUCCUGAGAACAGCAGCUUCUUCUAUGACUAUGACUACUUGGACGACGUGGCUGUCUUGGUCUGCAGCAAGGAUGAGGUCUUGUCCUUUGGGAGAGUCUUCCUGCCAAUCAUCUACAGCCUGAUCUUCGUGCUGGGCUUGGCUGGGAACCUCCUCCUGCUGGUGGUGCUGCUCCGCUAUGCGCCUCGAAGACGGGUGAUUGAGCUUUACCUGCUGAACCUGGCCAUCUCCAACCUCUUGUUUGUAGUGACGAUGCCCUUUUGGGCCAUCUCUGUGGCCUGGCAUUGGGUUUUCGGCAGUUUCUUGUGCAAGGUGGUGAGCGUUCUCUACACUAUUAACUUUUACUGUGGCAUCUUCUUCAUCACUUGCAUGAGCCUGGACAAAUACCUGGAGAUUGUCCAUGCUCAGCCCCUCCACAGACCAAAGACCCGGUUCAGGAACCUGCUCCUCAUUGCCAUAGUGUGGACCACGGCCCUGGCCAUCUCUAUCCCAGAAAUGGUCUUUGUAGAGGUCCACAAGACCCAAGAUGGUGUGUGGCAUUGUUAUGCCGAUUUUGGUGGACAUGCAACCGUUUGGAAGCUCUACCUGCGCUUCCAGCAGAACCUCCUGGGGUUUCUCCUUCCGCUCUUGGCCAUGAUCUUCUUUUACUCCCGCAUUGGUUGUGUUCUGGUUAGGCUGAGGCCGCCAGGCCAGGGCCGGGCUCUGAGGAUGGCCACAACCCUGGUGGUAACUUUCUUCCUGCUGUGGUUCCCAUACAACCUCACUCUGUUUCUGCACUCGCUGCUGGACCUGCACGUCUUUGGGAACUGCCAGCUCAGCCACUAUCUGGACUACACGCUGCAGGUGACAGAGAGCCUGGCCUUCUUCCACUGCUGCUUCACUCCCAUCCUCUACGCCUUCUCCAGUCGCCGCUUCCGGCAGCAUCUGAAAGCUUUCCUUGCUGUGGUGCUGAGAUGGCACCAGGACCCUGGCGCUGACCAGGCCUUGCCAUCCAGCUGUUCUGAGAGCAGCAGGGUUACUGCCCAAGAAGAUAUGGUCAGCAUGCAUGACUUUGGAGAGAGGCCGGCUGACGGGAGUGGUUAGCCCUGAGUGGCCGUGGGCAGAGCACUGCUCCCUCUUAGGGCCAGCAUGACCAUACUGCUUGCCCCAGGGGCUCUCAGUCAUCAUCAGGUCUCGCUCACUGCUGCCACUUCCUCCAUCUUCCUGGAGCCCACACUGUCUGCCGAAUUGCUGCAAUGGUCUCCAUAAUCUCUGCUUCCAUCACGUGUGCUUCUGUGGCUUCCUGGGCCCCCAGCAGACAGUGAGGUCACUCCACUCUGGGGCUUCAAGGCUAUGUGACCAGCCUAUGACCGCAUCUCUACCACACUUCCUGCUAGUUUCUGGGUUCAGGGCACACUGUCCUCCACUUGUGUUUCUGGAGUAUUCCAGGCUCCUCCAGUAGGGAGAGUUCAGCUACGCCACCUUCCUGGGCAGUCUUCCCCUGUGAAGAGUUUGGCUCAUUCCUUCACUUCCUGGGGUCUUGGUUCAGAUCUCACCUUGUUGGUGAGGCACCCCAUGCUCACUCUACUUAAUGCCCUAACUACUUACCUGAUGCUCUGGAUGCUCUGCUUCUGCGUUUACCACUCACACUCAGUCCACAUUUUCUCCUGUUUGUUGUGUCCACUGGUUACGGCCUUAAGCCCGUCCACCCAGCUAAGCUGCAGAGUAAGGCUCUGAGUGCAUGGCUCACUGCUGUACUCCAACCCGCACCACAGAAGCUUGUACAUGGAAGGCAUUUAGAAAGUAUCUGUGGAGUGUGAGCAACAAGCUCUUUCUUUGUGGCGUUUUGGGGAACAGCCACAGGCUGUCCACCCACCAGGGCCCCUUUCUCAGUAACUCAGAUGGGAAUACACCUUCCUGCCCUUGUGGGAAGCUCCAGAGCUGUAGCCUGAAGGCACUGGAGGUGCUCCAGCCAGAGGACAGCCUGGCAGGUGCGCAUCUGGCAGGAGAAAGGCAGAAACCAUCCAUCUCAGCUCUGGCCUAAUCUGGGACCUUCAGUCCUUCUGGGGUCUGUCAGUUAUGUUCAAGGCUUUAUCUGAACUUUCCAAAACACAUGCUGGUGAGAAGGCAGUCCCCCAACACAUCCUGCUGGGAAAACUGGGUAUCCACAUGCAGAAGAUUAAAACUAGAUCCUGUCUCUUAUCCGGUACAAAGAGCAGCUAAAAAUGGAUCAAAGACUUUAGUGUAAGACCCAAAGCUUUGAAACCAUGAGGGAAAAGCACAGGGAAAACAAUUACAGACAUCAUCAGAGGCAAGUGCUUUCUGAGCCGAGUUCCAAUAACCCAGGAAAUACAAGCAGGAACCAAGAAGCAGGACUUCGUGGAGUUGCAUGGAGUGUCUUUUUAACCCGACUGGCUUUGGCCUGACAGGGCCAAUAUCCAGACUGCAUGGGGAGCUGAAAAAUUGACAAGGUCAAAUAAUCCAGUAAAAAAAAAAAAAAGUGGGUGAAUAAUUUGAACAGACA